AUGAAGGGCAUACUCACGAUUUUUGCCGCCUUUGGUCUUCAGCUAGCUAUUGUGCUGGCGCAUACUGUAAUCACAUAUCCGCCAUGGCGUGGCAACAACCUCAUCACCAACGGCACAGAACCUCAAUACGAUAUGACAGCCACAGGAGAGAACUGUGUCGAUGGCCAAAAGACUUUUCCUUACGGUCAGCAGUGGAUGUAUCCAUGUGGAGGCAUGCCGAUGAGUCAUAAAACAGCCAUGUUCUAUGUCAAUAUUGGGAUCAACGGCCCAGGAGAGGUUGCACCACCAAACAUGUCUCAUCCGGUAGUCGCACCUUUCCAAAUCACCGGUCCUACGAAUGUCGAAUACCCUGGCUCUUUCUGUCUACCUCAAGUACCGCUCGUACCAGGCGUAACGUUUAACAUCGGCGACAACGUCACAAUCCAAGUCAUAGAGCUCGCUCAGCACGGUGCAGCCAUCUACAAUUGUGCCGAUGUGACGUUAGCAGACCCAGCCGACGUACCAGAAGUAAACGCCUCGAAUUGCUUCAACUCGUCAGAUUUGAGUUUCCAACUCGUCUAUGCGACUGGAAACCUGAGCAGUAGCGCUCUACCUGCCUUUACGCCACAUUCGCCAAUGUCUCUCACACUGCCAUUGCUUGUGGCCAUCUUCGCGUUCGUAUUGUGGUGAGAAGAAAGAGAACAUGCAAUAUAUUGGGACAGGCGUUUUUGAGAAGAUAUCCAGACCAGUAAUUAUGCUGAAGUCUAUUCGUUCUUUUUGGCUUUUGGAAGCUAGGCGUUUUUGUUCAUACUAUACCAGCCAGCGAUCUCGAUUUUGUUCUCAUAUCCAGUUAAUUUAUUCUGAUGUCCAGCAAUGGAAAGCUUCAAGCAACCUUGAUUAGUGGUUCCAGAAUGUUUUUAACUAGUGGCUCACCAGGUCAGGGACGAUGAUGCUUGUUCGGAAAUGUAGGGUGCAAAGCAGAAGAACCUCCUUCCAUGCCGAAAAGGUGUGAUUGGUGUAUCUCUAAAAAAAAGUUCAACUCAUGCAUCAACCUC